CCAUUUCAGUUUGAUGCUUGCUUUUUUAUAUUUCUUGUCUUGCUCACUCUACUUCAAGCUUCACUGCUUCUUGCCUUCAUAGUGUGUUGUUUAUUUUCAGCUGAAUCUUAAAUCCGUUUCAGGUAACUUGUUUUAAAAUUCAGUUUGCUGAUUAAUCAUUACUGUAUGGAAGAGAAGAAAUUCAUAAGGGAAUAGGGCCCCUUUGAGUAAAUAAUAUGAUAAUGCAGAGGAAAAAGCAAAUCUGGUUGUAGAUUGGAAUUUUUGGUAAGAUAUCUUAUGUGGGUAGAAAGUUGAAUGGAAGAAAUCCAGUCUCAAUCGGAUAACUAUAGGUCUUCCUCGUCUUCUGCUAGUAGUCCUGCAAGCAGAGUGCCUUCGAGUAAUUUCUUUUAUUUACGCAAACCUGGUGCUCUUGGACACCCAAUAUCGUUUGAGGAUUCGCCUGACUGGGAUGAUAAUGAUAUCGAGGUUAGGUUGGAGGAGGGUGGUGAUUCCAUUAAUGCCGCAACCACACCAGCAUCCCCGGCUUUGUCUAAGCUUAAUAGUGGGUCAUUGCCAUCACCUCCAUUGCCCGAGGGGGCAGUUAUUGCAAGAAAGAUCGCAGGUGCGUCAGUAGCAUGGAAGGAUUUGACAGUUACUGUAAAGGGGAAAAGGAAGUAUUCUGAUAGGGUUGUGAAAAGUUCGAACGGUUAUGCUUUGCCCGGGACAAUGACUGUAAUCAUGGGCCCUGCAAAGUCUGGGAAAACGACGCUCUUAAGAGCUCUUGCAGGAAGGUUGGAAGAUUCAGCCAAAAUGUAUGGUGAGGUUUUUGUGAAUGGUGCCAAGUCAGACCUUCCAUAUGGAUCCUAUGGGUUUGUUGAAAGGCAAACCACACUAAUUGGGUCCCUUACUGUGCGCGAAUUCCUUUACUAUUCAGCACUGCUUCAGCUUCCUGGAUUCUUUUUUCAGAAAAAGAACGUGGUUGAGGAUGCCAUCCUUGCAAUGUCUCUAGGAGACUAUGCAAACAAACUUAUAGGUGGCCAUUGUUUCAUGAAGGGUCUUCCUAGUGGCGAGAGAAGGCGUGUCAGCAUUGCCAGGGAACUUGUGAUGAGACCACAUGUCUUAUUUAUUGAUGAGCCUCUUUACCAUCUUGACAGUGUCUCUGCUCUUCUAAUGAUGGUAACAUUGAAGAAGCUAGCCAGUACAGGAUGUACACUAUUAUUCAGCCUUAACCAGAGUAGCACAGAAGUGUUUGGCCUCUUUGAUCGAAUUUGUUUGCUUUCAAAUGGAAAUACAUUGUUUUUUGGAGAAACAUUGGCUUGUCUGCAGCACUUCUCAAAUGCCGGAUUUCCCUGCCCAAUCAUGCAAAGUCCUUCUGAUCACUUUCUGCGCGCAAUAAACACAGAUUUUGACAGAAUCAUUGCAAUGUGCAAAAAUUGGCAGGAUGAUAAUGGAGAUUUUUCCUCGGUUAAUAUGGACACAGCUGUUGCAAUACGUACUCUUGAAGCAACUUAUAAGUCAUCAGAAGAUGCUGCUGCAGUUGAGACGAUGAUACUGAAUCUAACAGAAAAGGAAGGGCCGUCCCUGAAAAGCAAGGGAAAAGCUAGCAGUGGUAUGCGUACUUUAGUCUUGACCUGGAGAUCACUGUUAAUAAUGUCAAGAGAGUGGAAAUAUUAUUGGCUUCGACUGAUUCUUUAUAUGCUUCUUACACUCUGCAUUGGUACUGUUUUUUCUGGUCUUGGGCAUUCCUUGUCAUCUGUUGUGACCAGAGUGGCGGCAAUAUUUGUAUUUAUCUCAUUUACUUCGCUAUUAAGCAUAGCGGGAGCACCUGCACAGAUGAAAGAAGUCAAGAUAUAUGCCUGUGAGAAAUCAAACCAGCAUUCAGGGGCAUUAGUUUUCUUACUUGGGCAACUCUUCUCCAGCAUACCUUUCAUGUUCCUGAUCUCAAUUUCAUCCAGCUUGGUUUUCUAUUUUUUGAUUGGACUUCAAGAUGAGUUCAGAUUGUUGAUGUACUUUGUGCUGAAUUUCUUCAUGUGCCUCUUAGUAAAUGAAGGAUUAGUACUGGUUAUCACUUCCAUUUGGCAAGAUAUAUUCUGGAGUAUCUUAACACUGGUUUCCAUACAUGUGGUGAUGAUGCUUUCUGCCGGUUAUUUUAGAAUUCGAAGUGCUUUGCCUGGACCAGUGUGGAUGUAUCCAGUAUCCUACAUUGCAUUCCAUACUUACGCCAUCCAGGGACUCCUGGAGAACGAGUACAUUGAUACCUCUUUUGCAGUUGGACAGGUACGAAGCAUUUCAGGGUAUCAAGCGCUUCAGAAUGUAUAUGAUACUUCUUCAGAGAGAAAAUCCAAGUGGGAAAACCUACUAGUCUUGUUUUCUAUGGUUAUUGGUUAUCGCAUCCUUGUCUUUAUUUUGCUACAUUUUCGUGUCAAGAAGAACUUAUCGUUCUGGAGAAUAUUCCAAUGUAAUCAGGAAGUAAACUCAAGAUGAAUGGAACUUUGUCAUUGCUGUGGUUGGAAUUCUAUUUAAUUUUUGAUAUUUAUGAUAAUCUUUUUUGAACUUUGAUGA